AUGGAUGUUAUAUUAUUCGGAGAUCAAACAGUGGACUGCCAAUCUUUUCUCAAGAAAGCACUUCGUCGAAAGAACUGUCCCAUCCUAAGCACCUUCCUAGAACAAGCCCAUGCCGCUCUUCAAGAUGAACUUUCAUCCCUUCCGUCGACUUCUCGACGCCAUUUUGCUGUAUUCUCGAGCGUUUCCGAGUUCACUGAGCGAUAUUUUGAAGCAGAUCAUCCAGAUUUGGCCGUCGAAAGUGCCAUCACUUGCUUGGCACAAUUAACGCAUUUCAUUGGAUUUUUUGAGGAACAUCCUCUAGCAUAUUUAGAGCCCUCCAAUACAGAAGUACUUGCAGUCUGUACCGGCUUGCUUGCUGCUUCCGCAGUCGCAUCUUGUAAAUCACUUACAUCUCUCAUUCCCCUAGCUGUACAAGCAGUGCGCAUUGCCUUCAGGCUGGGAUCAAGAGUUGCAGCAGUUGGAAAUCAGUUGGAGAGUGCGAGCGACAGACAGAAGACUUGGUCAACAAUCGUAAUGGGAUUAAGUCCAGAAGCAGCAGAGCGUGCUUUGGAAGAAUUCAAUGAGUCAAGAGGACUUAUUCAAUCAACAAGAUUGUACAUUAGUGCCAUUGGUACUACCUCAAUCACAAUCAGUGGAACACCUACCAUUCGGGCUCAGUUGUUCGAAACUUGCGAGGCAUUUCAAAAUCUUCAACGACGCGAAAUUGGCAUUAGAGGACCUUACCAUGCUGCUCAUCUUUAUACCCCACAAGACGUCGAGAGGAUAUUGUCACCAGAAAUCGUCAAAAGCUUAAGCAACUAUUCGUCAGUCCUCCCCCUAGUUGGCACCGCCGCACAUAAGGAGAGUAUUUCAACCGUCGACCUAUUCAGAAAUUCCAUUAUGGAAAUUCUGGCAGAGCAGGUCAAAUGGGAACGAUUGGUGAAAAUCGCCGUUGCACAUGUUCGUGAAUCUAAACAAAACGAGGUUAGAGUUCUUGCCAUGGGACCAACUGCUCUCGGGAAUAGUCUCAUCUCGGCACUCAAGAAUGGUGGUGGCUUGAAGUUGUCAAUGGAGGAUCAUAUUUCAUACACCAUGGAAAACACCAUUCCAAGAGGAUUCACGGGUAGAAUGUCUGAGUCUAAAAUAGCAAUAGUGGGGAUGUCAGGUCGAUUUCCCAAUUCAGCUGAUCAUGAAGCAUUUUGGGCACUCCUCGAACAGGGGCUUGAUGUUCAUCGAGAAAUCCCUGCCGAUAGAUUCGAUGCUAAAGCGCACUUUGAUCCCUCAGGGAAAGGAAAGAACAAAUCUCACUCCCCAUUCGGUUGCUUCAUCAAUGAGCCAGGAAAGUUCGACCCUCGAUUCUUCAACAUGUCUCCCCGAGAAGCUAUGCAAACGGAUCCAAUGCAGCGUUUAGCCAUUUCCACUGCCUAUGAAGCUAUGGAAAUGUCAGGAUUCGUGAGAGAUCGAACUCCUUCCACACAAGCACAUAGGAUUGGUACCUUCUAUGGUCAAACUUCGGAUGAUUGGCGUGAAAUUAACGCCGCUCAAGACAUUGAUACAUAUUUCAUCACGGGUGGUGUUCGAGCUUUUGGACCCGGAAGAAUUAACUAUCACUUCGGUUUCAGUGGUCCAUCAUACAGCGUAGACACUGCUUGUUCGAGUAGUAUGGCUGCCAUCAAUUUAGCAGUGACUUCUUUAAGAGCUGGAGACUGCGAUACCGUAUUCGCAGGCGGUAUGAAUGUUAUGACGAAUCCAGAUAUUUUCUCCGGUUUGUCUAAAGGUCAAUUCUUGUCCAAAACCGGGUCCUGUAAGACAUAUGAUGACGGCGCUGAUGGUUAUUGCCGUGGUGAUGGUGUUGUUACCCUAAUCCUAAAGCGGCUUGACGAUGCAGUUGCUGAUCAGGAUCCAAUUCUUGGAGUCAUCGCUGGUAUCGCAACGAAUCACAGUGCGGAAGCCAUCUCCAUAACCCACCCUCAUGCAGGCGCGCAAAAGUAUUUAUUCCAGAAAGUAAUGGACGAAGCUCGAGUCGAUAUCCGAGACGUGAAGUACGUCGAAAUGCACGGAACUGGAACUCAAGCAGGUGAUGGAGUCGAAAUGGACAGUGUUUCUUCUAUUUUCGCACCAUCAAAUAAGUUACGCCGUCGUCUCGACCAGCCAUUGUUCGUUGGUUCUGUCAAAGCCAACGUUGGCCACGGAGAAGCUGUUUCGGGUGCAACUGCUCUGGUAAAGAUCAUGAUGAUGCUUAAAAAAAGCAUGAUUCCACCACAUUGUGGUAUCAAGACGAAAAUCAACCAGACAUUCCCAAAAGACUUGAAAGAUAGAAAUCUUAACAUGGCCUUCAAACCAACACCAUUUCCUAGACCUACAAAUGGCAAGCGAUAUGUCUUCAUGAAUAACUUCAGUGCAGCAGGUGGUAAUACUGCCACGUUGCUCGAAGACGCACCAAUCAGACAGCUAGAAGGAACCGAUCCGAGAACAUCGCAUGUUGUAAUUGUUACAGCGAAGUCUCUUGCAUCUUUCAGGAACAACGUGCAAAAGAUCUUGAGCUGGUCAAGAGAUCAACCCAGCUCAUGUUUGCCAAGUCUGGCAUAUACCACAUCUGCUCGUCGUUAUCACUACCAAUAUCGUAUCGCAGUUAACGCCACGGACCUACAAAGCGUUCAAAAUGCGUUAAGCUCUUACACAGAAGGCCCCCAUACUCCGGUAUCGAAUGUGAAGCCAAGAGUCGCUUUUGCUUUCACUGGACAAGGAUCACAUUAUCUUGGGAUGGGCAAGGCCCUCUUUCAUGAUGUGAAACAAUUCCGCCACGACAUCGAGGAUUUUGAUCAGAUGGCGCAGACUCAAGGUUUCCCAUCUUUCAUUGGACUCAUUGAUGGUAGCAUAACUGACCUAAGCAUUGCCUCUCCAGUGAUGACCCAACUGGCUAUUCUUUGUGUAGAAAUAUCCGUUGCUGCACUUUGGCAAUCAUGGGGCAUCGAGCCAACCGCCGUUGUUGGACACUCCCUAGGAGAGUAUGCUGCUCUCCAGGUCGCCGGUGUUAUCUCCACACAUGAUGCCAUUUCUUUGGUCGGCAAUCGUGCGCAACUGUUGGUUUCAAAGUGUACUGUGGGAAGUCAUGGCAUGUUGGCAGUUCGGGCAGGCUUUGCUGCAGUGGAACCUUUCUUGUCAGAUAUUGAAGUUGAGAAGGCUUGCAUUAAUGGCCCGGAAGAAACAGUUUUCUCAGGUACCGUUGAUAACAUGAACCGCCUCAAGGAGGUUUUGACCGCACAGGGCUUCAAGAACACCAUGCUCAAUGUACCUUACGCAUUCCACUCAGCUCAGGUCGAACCUAUUCUGGAGGAUUUCAUUCAGUCUGCGAAAUCAGCUGUUUUCCAUCAACCAAGGAUCCCAGUUAUGUCUACGCUUCUUGGAACGGUAGUGGAAGAUUCGGGCGUAUUUGGUCCAGAGUACCUUGCUAGACAUUGCAGGGAAAGUGUCGACUUCCUAGGAGGUGUUACUUCUGCUCUGAAAGAUGGAAUCGUUGAUGAGAAGACGUUAUUUGUUGAGAUUGGCCCACAUCCAGUAUGUUCCAACAUGAUAAAGGCCAUCGUCGGCACAAGUACCAUCACUGUGCCAUCAUUGAGCAGAAAUGCCGAUGCUUGGACAACAACCGCUGCUUCUUUAGCAACUCUCUUUAAUGCCGGGCUCGACUUCAAUUGGAACGAGUACCAUAUCAACUUUAAGAAUGCUCAUGAGGUUCUUGAUCUGCCUGCAUACUCUUUCGAUGAGAAGAUCUAUUGGAUCGACUACCGCGAAAAUUGGUGUCUCACUAAAGGCGAUAAACAAUUGGUCGCUCCUUCUGAGGCAAAACAAAGCUUCUCCACAACCACCGUACAGAAGAUUCUCUUCGAGGAUGUUGAUGGUGAUAACAUCAAUGUUGUUGCGGAGUCUGACCUUAUGGAACCCAACCUACGAGCGGCCAUUUCCGGGCACUUGGUUCAUGGCCAGCCACUUUUCCCGUCAUCCAUUUAUGGUGACAUGGCGCUAACCAUCUGCGAUUAUGCACUCAAGCUUGCUCAGCCGGAUGCCAAAUCUGUGGGCUUCAACGUUGGAAGUAUGGAAACACAUAAGCCAUUGGUCCUCGACAACACUGCCAAAACUCAUCUUCUUCAAAUUGAGACCAAGCUCGAUCUUGCUCACCGACGUGGAACAGUCAACUUCCGGACAUAUGGAGCAGAUGGCAAGCCGGUUGAACAAACCAAGUGUGAAGUAACUCUUGAAGAUUCAUCAUCGUGGCUGAAGGACUGGGAUCGUCGCAAGUUCCUUGUUCAAGGCCGAAUUGAGAAUCUGAUGAGCCACAAAGAAGUUCACAAGAUUCAAAGAGGAAUGGCUUACAAGCUAUUUGGCGCACUUGUCGACUACGAUCAAAGAUAUCGCGGAAUGGAUGAAGUGUAUUUGUGGAGCGAACAAUGUGAGGCAACCGCCAAAGUAAAAUUUCAGACAUCCGACAAGGACGGCAAAUUUUUCAUGAGUCCAUACUGGAUUGACAGUGUUUGCCACAUCUCGGGAUUCAUAAUGAAUGCAAACGACGCUGUUGACUCCACCAAGCAUGUCUACAUUUCCCAUGGAUGGGAGUCGAUGAGAUUUGCUAAAACGAUGUCUGCCGACAAGGAGUACAGAUCUUAUAUCAAGAUGCAGAAGGUACCAGGUGGAGGUGAAAUGGUUGCUGGUGAUGUAUAUGUCUUCGAGGGCGACGAAAUCAUUGCAGUUGUUGGUGGUAUCAAAUUCCAACGUGUACCCCGCACCCUUCUCCAGACUUUACUCGCACCAAAAUCCCUCCCUGCUCGUGCUGGAGUCAAAGGAGCCCCGGUUUCAGCAAAGACUGCUACGCCGAAACCAUCCAAGGUGGUCUCCAAAGCUAGCUCCAAAGUUGUCAGCAAACAGACCUCAAAAGGCAUCUUUGCAAAAGCACUGACCAUCAUGGCUGAGGAGAUUGGAUGCGAUGUUGCCGAGUUGGCAGGUCCUAUGCGAUUCUCCGAUAUGGGCGUCGACUCUCUUCUCGGUUUGAGCAUUUCUGGCCGAUUUCGUGAGGAUCUGGAAAUUGACUUCCAGAGCAGUGUCUUUGAGCAUGAGCCUACUGUAGAUCAUUUGAAAGCUUACAUGACGAGAUUUGAAGACGAGAACAGUGCUGAGAGUUCCGGAAUGUCGACCCCUGAAAUGGUUUCUAGCCAUUCAAGUGAUAUUGGGGAUGACUACAUUGAUCUUAAUGAUGCUUAUUCAGAAAAUUCGUCCGUCGAUGGUGACAGUGAGAACGCAAUGAUUGUUCAGAUAAUAAGAACUACCAUCGCAGAAGAGAUGGGAGUCGAGCUUGAGGAGAUAACUGAUAACACAGAUCUUGCUACCAUGGGAAUGGACUCUCUCAUGAGCUUAAGCAUUUUGGGCGCACUCAGAGAAAAGACUGGUUUGACUCUAAACUCCGAGUUGCUGGUCGAGAAUACUAGCGUGGAAAAAAUCGAGACAACCUUGGGCCUAAGGGCAACCAAGCCAAAGGUUGUUGAGAUAAAGAAGACGACAAAGAUCUCCCAAGUGUCUCAUGCAUCGAUCCAACCAGCUCCUCCAACGCAGGUGGCCAAACCCAUUAAUCUAUCUCAAUACCCACCAUCAAAGUCUAUCCUUCUACAAGGCAACCCGAAGACGGCAACUCGCACACUUUUCCUCCUUCCAGAUGGUUCCGGGGUUGCUUCUUCAUAUACCCCAAUUCCUCAAAUCGACACGGAUCUAGCCGUAUUUGGUCUAAAUUGCCCCUUCAUGAAAGACCCGACAGAAUUCAAUAUUGGAGUUCCUGCCGUCACUCAAAUUUAUCUCGCUGAAAUCCAGCGUCGUCAACCACAUGGACCUUAUCUUCUUGGAGGAUGGUCUGCCGGAGGUGUACUUGCGUAUGAAUGCACACGUCAACUGAUCGCCAAAGGCGAAAAAGUCGAAAAACUUGUCUUGAUUGAUUCUCCGUUCCCCGUAGGCCUUGAGGCUUUACCAGCUUCCUUUCACCAAUACUGUGCCAAGAUUGGUCUCCUCGGCGACGGUGGACUUGAGUCAUUACCAAAAUGGCUACUUCCCCAUUUCUUCUCCACUGUCCGAGAACUUACAGCCUAUUCCGAUCAUUUGGGCUCUUUGCCCUGCAUAAAUACGACAAAUAUGCCACAAACUAUCACGAUAUGGGCUCGCGAUGGUAUUGUUCACAACGAAGAUGAUCUAAAGCCAGAGUGGGAUCCCAAAGUGAGGAUGCCAAACUCUAUGGACUGGUUGACUCAUGAUCGCAAAGAUCUGGGACAUAAUGGUUGGGAAAAGUUAGUUGGUGAAGGAAAUGUCAAAUGUAUGAGCACGUCUGGGAAUCAUUUCACGAUGAUGAGAGAUCCAAUUACACGUGAUUUGGCCAAGCUCAUGAAGCAAGCUCUCGAAAUAUAA